AUGCCGCUGGGCUCGGGCUUUGCCGUACCUCAAGGGCUGAUGCCUGGUAUUUCGGGGUUGGACCUGGCGGCGCUGGGCCCUCAGAGCGGUGCCGAGAUGGUGCUCGACGCUGCGCGGAUCAAGGCAGAGCCGGCACCCGAGGCGGCGGCGGAGCUGAAGGGCAACACACGCGGCGCCGCUGCCGCCGCCGCCGCCGGCAGCGCGCCCCGCAGCCGCCGUGCGACGGCCGCUGGGGGCGACGACGACACCGACGAGGACUUUGACAUCCCCGGAGGCGGCGGGAAGACGCGCUCCAACGCGCUCGACACGGCGGGCAUGGACCCGCGGCGCGCGAAGCGCAUCCUCGCGAACCGGCAGUCGGCGCAGCGGUCCCGCAUGAAGCGGCUGCAGCACGUGCAUGAGCUUGAGAACCAGGCCACAGACCUCAACGGCCAGAUUAAACGAAUGCAGGAGCACCUGGCAACUGAGAAGGGCCGCGCCGACGAGGCGGCCGCCGCGGCGUCGGCAGCCGCAAGCGCGGCCGCGGCGCUGCAACAGCAGCUUUCGCAGCAAGAGGGGCUACAGGCGGCGCUGCAGGCGCAGAUAGUCGAGCUGCGCUCGCGCGCGGCGGCGGCGGGGCUGAUGCUGCCAAACGGCGCGGCGGUCGGAUCCGGCGUGACGGGCACUGGGGCGAUUGUGUCGGGGCCGUUGUCCGCGCCAUUAUUGCAGGCGGCGCAGGCGACAGUGCUCCAGCCGAUCGGCUUGGUUGGGGGCAUGCCUGGGAUGGGCCCGAUGGGGGUGCUCGGUGUGGUGGGCGGUGCAGGCACGGCGGGGGUGUAUGGUCGCAGCGGUGUUGUGCCGCCUGUCACGUUGGCGGCAGUGGCUUCGCCGGACCGGCAGCCGUCGUCCAGCCCUUCCCAGCAGCAGCAGCAGCAGCAGCAGCUUGCAUUGCAGCAGCACGCCGCGCAACAGCAAGCUGCACUGCAGCAGGCACAGCAUCAAGCCAUGAAACAGCAGGCAGCGCAGCAGCAGGCCGUGGCGCAGCAGCAGGCAGCACAGCAGCAGCAGCAGCAGCAGCAGCAGCAGCAGCAGCAACAGCAGUUGCAGGCCACUCAAGAACAGGCACAGCAGCAGCCGCACCCCUCUGCGCCCACGCCGGUGCCAGCCGCCCCAGCAGCGCUUGCACCCCCGGCGCUCCAAAGCGCAAGCGGCAGCGGGGGGGCGUCCGGCCUUGGCGUGUCCGGUCUGCAGACAGACCUGGACGGCGAUUUUGUUGGCAUGCUGUCUGAGGAUCAGGGGGCGCUGUUUGGCAGCGGGCAGGACGGGGACCUGUUUGGCGGCGUUCCGCUGCUGCAGGAGCACGAGAGUAUUGCCAGCCCAGACAGCGUGCUGCGGCGCACCAUGUCGCUGUGA